AUGGACGACCGAAUCAAGCACCAUUUGGACAGAAACACUGCAUGGGGCAUUCUAAACGAAGGGGGAGUCGAGAACAUCCGAUUGAAUACUCCAAAUGAGCGAGAAGAGUCCGUUCGAAAGUUCCUCGCUUUGGGCAAAAAGUCGGAAUCGCUCUUCACCCUCCUUAGCGUUUCCAAACACGACGCUCUGAGAAGAGAUGUCGUCGCAAAACUGGCCGAAAAGAAGUGUACUGAGGCGAUGGAAACGUUUCAGCAGGCACCGGAUGAUUUUAAAGGAACCAUUCUUGAGGAGGUUCUCUCUCUAGCUGCGGUUAUGCCAAGUAAUGAACCGAUUAGAAAUUCGUUCAUCACUUUUUUAAAAUGCAACAAGUCCUUGUUCAACGAGACUCAAGAAAUGCGUUUUCCCUUGCUCGUGCCUGAAGUAAAGGAGGAAGAACCUGAACGACCUCUUUUGGAAGAUUUUCUCUGGGAUCGAUCCUUCACCGAUUCUCUCGAUGGCGCGUUGAUCCAUGCUUUGACGCUCAAGAAAAUGAUUGGCGAGCACGAGGCCGAUGUCAACGAUGGUGCCGCUCCUGCGAGGGGAAAUCUAACUGUAGCCAAUUUGAACAUCACUUGCGCCGGGCCAAAGACCUCAUCUUCGAAAGCGAAAGUCCAGCGCUUCUGUCGGCGUCUUGAACUCGCCGUUCACGAAUACUUGAAGUCAUACGACCGUUCUUGCUUCGAAACGCCUUUUCAAAAAGUAACAGACGAAGACUUUUCGACAGAUCUUCUCAAACUCAACUUUGAAUGCCUGAGAGCCGAGCUACUCGGCACGGAUCAGCAAAGAAUGGAUGAACUCAUCAAUAACGUUAUUGAGGACUCUGUCAGGAGGAAAAUCAACGAGGACGUAAUGUUCGGCUGUUUUCAUACAAAACCCAAGGAAGAGGUUUUUCAAACGCUUGAGAAAUUGUCAAGGACGAGCAACUUUGAAACACAAGAGCGGAUAUGCAAACUGGGAAUCAAAUAUUUCAAAAACAAUCAAGGAUAUGCCGCUGCUUUCAAACAAACUCUUAUGAUGGGCUCUUGGUCGCGUAAAAUAUCCGAACUUCUUUCCAUUCCAAAAAAUGAAGUAAACCUGAGAGACUACCGCGACGAAUACUGCCUCAAGCUUCUCGCCAAGCCGCAAAUACCCUUCGAAACAGUCAACGAAUACAUCGACGCUUUCCAGAUUUCAAGGAACAACAUUUUAUACAGAUUCCUGCAAUGGCAAUUCGUCGGUGAAGAUUCUGGCAUUGAAUCGAGUGCGCUUGUUGUCUCGCAUAAGCCGAAAAUUGAACUUUUAAGCUACACCAAGAGCAUCAACUCAAGCUGGAAAAGCAUCGAGCCGCGAUUGAGAUGGGCGCUGCGCAACUUUAACAUAAAAUCGCCUAUCAAAGAGCUUCUGGAGUGGCUUGGUCUGACCGUACGCACAAGCUACCAGCGAAUUCGAUUUCUUCUCGAGGAAAUUAUUUUCAUGAAGAAAGACAAUCCAGAAUUAGAGAGCGAUUCGCGCGCGGAGCAAUAUUUAAACGACUUGGAAGAGUUCGAAAAGUACCGGCUUCUUAAAUCGACCGAUGAAUGCGACCGUCUCCCAUUCCACUGGAUAGCUAGCGAGAAGCCGAAAAUGCUUGAAGCAAUCCGGAAGGAGUGUCUCCCAACCAACUACGAGAAGAUCAUUUGGGUCGCAAAGACAAGCAUUGUUGGGCUGAGUGAAGCAGAUGUCAAGAUGAAUUGCGUCAAAAAUCUUGUCACGAAGAUGCGGGGCGUAAGAUCUGAUGAAGGAACAGAGCUGAAUUCUCUUUUAGCGGUUCUAAAGAUUGGGUCGACCGCAAGAGAGCAAAUAAUUGGAGAGCUAUCACUCAAUUGCCAUAUGUACAUGCACACGGCUCGUUGCAUCGAUAAACCAGCUCAAGCGUCAAAGUUUCUCAAGGAAGCACUCAAAGACCUGGAGCAAUACCGUGGGAUAAUUGCUGAAAUUGCCGACAUAAGCCAGAAAUACCAGAGCUUGCGCGACUACUCGAAUCUGAUUGAAACCAAGCAGGUCUUGUCACGAAAUCAUUUUUACGAUGAGAAGACUCGGUCGUUCUUCAAUGAGGGCAGACAAGCCCUAUCUUCGAGCACAAUUCUAUCUUUAUUUUUACAGCUAUUCGAGGAUACAAGCAACAACAAAAACGACCUCGGAUUAGUGCUCACAGAGGUUUGCAAAAAUGCGGACAUCCCCGUCGCCGUUGUUUAUCAAAAUCUCGUCGAAACGUGGCUGAAUAUGACCCCGAUCCCAGUCCGAAAUAUCGUCGGCAUAUCCUCAAUCUGGGACAAGACAAAAGUAGCCAAGGCACUCUUCAACCAAGCGUACUCUGGGUCGCUGGAGCAGCGCUGCGAAAUCAUGGAUCAUCUUCUCAAAUCUUUCGACGAAGAGGAAAUGGCCGAGAUCGCGAAUACACUCGGGAUGGAUUCGGCCGGCUUUGGCUCCAAAAAAGCGCUCAUCAAGCAAACUCAAUCCUGGAAAGAUCAAUGCCGUCUCAAGGUACUUGGCAUGAGCUCGAAGAACUUGGUGGCUUUUUAUAAAACUGACGAUAAAGUAGCCGGGCUCAAUCAAAUGUUGGACGCGUUGGAAGGCUCGCACGAAGCCUCAAAGGCGCUGGGCGAGUUGGCCUUCAAUAAUAAACUCGUCGACGACGAUUUGUGGACUCGUAUCUUUGCCAACUUCGUUGUCGGAGAGGAGCUCUUCGCGUUUAUACGCCGUCUGAAUCGACAAAAAUGGUUCAACACGAUGCUUGAAGAAAGCGUCAUGUUCGACCGGACUUUCCGAAAAAUCUGGACAGCGUGCAUCGAGCUUAAUGUUGAUACCCGGCCAGAUCUGGUGGUCCAAGCGCUUUACGAGUACCCGAAAGCCUUCCUUAUCGACAUCGAGAAAAUCGCCUUCAAGCUCAUCAGCAAGGACAACGAAGUUGAAGCUCUCCAGAUCAUUCCACGCGCGGCUACGUUUGAUCAGCGAGAAAUAUUCGACCGAAUCGUCAAAGCCGUCACCUGGAAGAAGCUUGUGAGCUCAGUUGUCAAGAGAAAUCGGCUUCUACUCUCGCACUGCGAAGUUUCCCAAAUGCUGCUUUGGACGGCUACGCCAGAGAAUCUUCGCAAAUUGACGAUGGAUGAGUAUCGUUGGAUAAAGAACGAAGCGAUUAUCCAGGGCUUCAUUGAUCCCCUUGUGCAAAUGCUCUUUAGGGAUAAUAAAUUUGAUGAAAUCAAGUCGCUUCUUCUCCUUUAUGGAAAGAAGAACCCCGCGAUAAUGUCUGAAUUCGAACAAAUCUCACGUCUGCAGCGAACCGAGCGAGAUCAAAAGCUUCAAGCAAUGUUCGACUCUAAUGGGAUUCCUCAAUUCUUCCGCCCGAUCCCCUCUGCCGCUGAAAUCUUCCCUGGAAGCUCAUAG